AUGGAUCCUGUAGCUCAAGUUGUUAUUCAAACAAAAUAUACUGAACUCAGACAGUCCCUUUCCUCAUCAAAUGUGACUAUUAACUACCCAGGAGUUUUAGUUAAGGAGACUUAUCAUGUUGGACAUCGACUUGAUGGGAACAAAAGAUCUAUUUUUGCCCAAAUAAGAGCAGCAACUCAUCGACAAUUACAAGUUAGGCGAGCUAUAAAAACGUAUGUUCUUGAUGAUGCAGUCCUUGUCGGUGAUUUAAGUGACAUUGUUUUUCAGCGUCAUCAAGGCAUGCUCUUUUCUUCAAUUAUUAAUGAAAUUACCACACUUUCUCAGCUUCGGCAUACAAAUAUCGUACCUUUGUAUGAAGUAUUCUUGGAAUCUAAAUAUAUUCACUUGGUUAUGGGAAUGUGUAAAGGAGGAGAGUUAUAUGAUUUUAUAUAUCAAGAAAAAAGAGCAACUGAUGAAAAAGCACUCUCAGUGGUUUCUCAGAUUUUAGACGCUGUUCAGUAUAUGCAUAGCCUAAAGAUAUGCCAUAGAGCGCUUUGUAUAGAAAACAUUAUGUUUGUUGAUAGGGAGCAUACCAAGAUCAAUAUUAUUGGAUUUAGCAGCUCUGGGAAGAUCACAGACCAACCUUUUACUGAGAAGUUUGGAAGCCCAUUCUAUAUGGCCCCUGAAAUAUUUAGUGGAAGAUAUACUGAGCUUUGUGACAUUUGGUCAAUUGGCGUAAUUUUAUAUACAAUGCUUUUAGGUUUUCAGCCAAUUCAAGGCGAGACGCACACUGAGCUCGUCAAAAACAUACAAAAAGGAGCUAUAUUGAAGCCAGAACAAUUCAAGCAGCUGCCUCACGAUUUAAAGAAGCUUAUUAAAACAAUGAUUACCAAAGAAAACCGACCAAGUGCCAUUUACGUCCUAGAAAAUUCAAUUUUUCAAAGUAACUACUUGCAAGAUCAGCGUGCAAUUUUCCAAAUGCUUCUAAGGAUCGCCCAAUAUGAUGAUGAGCCUGAAACCGAGCUCAAGGUUCGUCUUGCCUCUAAGCUAAAAUAUGCAGCUUGCAAAGUUCUUGACGCUAAUCAAAAGCUUUACGUUACUCCUCACCUAGACAGAGCAUGAUCAGCUAUGGAUACAAAUAGAGCUGGAUCUAUUAAUGUCGCACAGAUGAAAGAAAGCAUGGCCAAAUGUGUUGGGGAAAAUAUAGAUGUUGACACCAGAGCUCAAUUAAUUUUCAGCAAAAUUGAUAUUUUCAAUACUGGAUUGAUAACUCAUGAAGAAUUCAUAUAUUUCGCCAAAAAUAUGACAGACGCCCAAGAAAUUGCUAAUGCGUUUAAGUUGAUUGAUCCUAAUUAUUCUGGCACAGUCAACGCUGAAAUGCUUGCUCCUCAUUUAUCAGGGAUUUCAGUCAGCCAGAUCGAAAAUAUGUUAGCUGAAGGAGUUGGGAAAGAAACACUAGAAGUUGAAGAAUUUAUAAAUUUAAUUGCGAAAUAUGCAAAUUAG